AUGAAGAGGAUUGUGAUUUUUGUUCUCUAUGGCCUGCUGGUGCUGCUGUUGUUGAUUCUGCUGCUGGUAACUGGGAUCAAAUUUUCACAGUUAAGCAGGGAAAUCACAGAUCUCAAACAGUAUCUUGGGAAAACGAACCACAGAGGAACAACAUCAGCUCUCAGUUCAGUUCACAGUGCCGCCUUAGAGGAGCUCACCCCAGUUAGAGGAACAUGCAGCGAAGGCUGGGUGUCUUACCAGAGUAGCUGUUACCUGGUAUCCAUCACCAGUAUAACCUGGAGCAAAGGAGAGGAGCAGUGCAAAGCACACGGAGGACACCUGCUGGUUCUGAACACUGCGGAGGAAUUGGACUACAUUUCCAGAAUUGUUCCAAUCAAGUAUAUCUAUUGGAUCGGACUCGUGGAACGACAUCACGAGGGACAGUGGAGCUGGGUGGACGGAACUGACUACAGGUCAACCCCAACUUUCUGGGAUGAAGGUCAGCCAGACAACUGGGACUACAGAGAGAAUGGAGAGGACUGCGGGCAACUUCAUCCGCCUGAAAGACGUGAACGCAGGUUGUGGAAUGAUGCCGACUGUAACAUCACGUACCGCUACAUCUGUGAGAAAAGGGCAUGAGGAACAGGGGAACUCCCUGAGAUGACAACCCUGCCCCUCCCUCGCCAGCAAAGCAGACCCUUCAUGGCAGGCAGGAGUCCAGAAUGAUGGAAAAGAUGUUACUGAUGCUGAUGUGUCACAGAAAUAGAUGAAACGUGCAU